AGAUGUCGUCUGCAGCAAGCGGGUCACUGCAGGACCGAACCUUGAAUAAAGUAGCUUUGUGCUCGGCCGUGUUUGCAGGAUUCGCCUACGUUGGAUAUUCUUACGCUAAAACAGCUUUUUGCAGAAAGUUAGCGCGCAAACACGACCUCCGUGACGAAGAUGAGACAGAGGUAUCGAGAGUGGUGUUCCGAAGGCUUUCUCAGACCACGCAGACAGAUGCACUCCUCGGGAACUUGGACGUCAGUGGCACAUCUGGGAAGCUCAUCAUACGCCCAAAGACAGUUCAGGAGAGAAUUCGUGAGUUGAACUUGAAGGCGCGUCAGUUUGCCGACACAUUCAUAGCAAUCCAGACAGGCAAUGGCCAUGCAGGUCAUACAGGUCAUGCUGUCUCUCGCAACUCUGCUAUCCAUGACCCCAAGAGCUUACAGUGUUCACCUUGGAAUUCCCCCCGCCUCUUGAGUCCUGUUGAUGUGAGACACUUGAUAACCUCCAGAUCAACAGAGAACCUCACUCACAUACCCCCAGAUGGCUCACCCUGCAGACCUAAGUGGGUGCGCAGAAGCUUACGUAAGAAAAAAACGGAGCAGAACAAUGACCCGGAUGGAAAGAUGAGACAGAGAAGAGUGGAGGAAGAAGCAAUGCAGCUGUACAACAGCACAAAACCUGAGUUAACACAGAGACUUGACACCCUCAGCAGUAGAGGCAGGGUGCUGACACCUUACGAGGCUAAGAGUCUGGUAGCGCUGUUAUACUCGGAAGACAAGUCACUGGUAGAGAGGACCCUGGCCACCAUUGCCAACUGUGCUGCCUUCAGUGUUAAUUUGGAUUUUUUGCGAGAAAUGGGUUGUAUUCAUCGGUUGACGAGUUUGCUGGAUGACACGGAAGUUCGGUUGCCAGCAGUCCAAACUCUGGGAAAUGUAGUUUUAUCAGAAGAAAACAUUCGACAGGCCAAAGACUGCCUUCCCAUCCUCAUGGGGUUCGUUCAGAAUAGUCACGCUGACGAUGCUCUCCGCCUGGCUUCCUUGGUUGUCCUCACAAAUAUUGCUACCAUUAGUGAGUGGCAUGAUGAGUACUGCCCACUACUACACAGACUGUAUCAUCUUGUGGAUAGCCCUAACCUCCACAUCCAACUCCAGAGCUUAAGACUGUUAGUCAACCUGUCUUGCAACCGUGAGAUGAUCCCCUCUCUGCUGGCAGCUGAGGGUCCAAGAAAACUGAGCUCAUUAGUGGUAUCAACGACCAACGAGGCAAUUCUCUUGCGUGUGCUGACCUUGUUGGCCACCCUGGCAAAUACAGUGUGCGAGGAUGCUCUCAACCCAAGCCUUGACCUGCCCCCGGAAGACAAGGCAGCGGCACCCGACACCAUACACGCUGAUGCUUCCCCCACAAGCAUGCGAGGCGACAGGUAUGCUCGUCUGUUUGGAGUCAAUGUGCGAGAUCGUCUGCUGGCACAAACACAAGCUUUAAUUGAUGAUCAAGAGGACCCAGAAAUUCAGCGACAAGCCACCAGACUGUACAGGGCACUUAAGGACUAAGUUAUUAACUUUUAUUUAUCAUUUCUGUUUAAUAUAACAUUUUGAUGGACUUGUGAGAGAUGCAUUCCAUGUAUAGAUUUGUCAUAUUUUUUGCUAUUGAAUUUUUUUUCUCUUAAUGUCUGCACUCAAUUUGAAAUAACCUACCAAUAAUUAAUAUCUUUAUAAAUUUGGAUUUAGUGGUAGAAUUAAAAAAUAAAAAGAAAUAGUCACUGUUAAUUAUAACUUAUUUGUAAAACUAGUGAAGACUUUAGUUUGUAUUGAACAGUGAAUUGAUGGUGUGUGGAGGGAGAGUAAAACUUGAUCUCAUAGUUGGACUCCUGGGAAAUCAGGCAGUAAAUCAUAUUUUUAGAACAAAUCA